AAAAAAAAAAAAAAAAAUGAUCAAAGUCCCAUUAUUAUUCGUAUUCAUAUUAGUGACAUCUUUAUAUUCACUAAAUGAAGCACAUUAUUUACCUUAUCAAAAAAUAAUUGGUACCAAAACUAAACAACCAAUUAUUGAUUUGCCAAAGAAUAUUACAAUUCCGACCGAUCGUAAUUUUAAAUUCGUAUUAUAUGGUCAUGGUUAUCAAAUUUAUCAAUGCAGUUCCGAAAAUAAAACUUGGACAUUAGUUACACCUGUAGCAAAUUUAAUUAAUGAUAAAAACACCGAAAAAUUCACUCCAUAUUAUUAUAUUGCCAAACAUUAUUUCGUAAAAGAACCAAUUAAUGGAGGACGUCCAACAUGGGAAUCAAUUAUAAAAGGUGAUAAUUCCAAAGUUACAACUAAAAUAAUAGCUACGAGUGCUUCUCCUGAUAACCCAAAGAAAAAUGUUCCAUGGCUGGUAACUCAAACAACCGCCAAUUCUGGUAAUGGUGUUUUUGCUGAUAUUACUCAUAUAAUUCGCGUAAAUACAAUCAAGGGAAUUGCUCCUCCUAUUGAAGAUUGUGGAGUAAAAUAUAAAGAUAAAGAUUUAUAUUAUAGUGAAUAUUAUACUGAUUAUUGGUUUUAUCAUUAGAAUUAUAAAUUAUUAGUGAUCUUAUUUAUACUAUAUCCACAUGUACAUUUUCUGCACUAAUAUUUUUUUUAAUAA